AAUAAGUCCAUCCAUGAAAUUUCCUUGCUACUAAAUAUUCCAUAAUCAACUGUUUGUGGUAUUAUAACAAAAUGGAAGCAACUGGGAACAACAGCAACUCAGCCACAAAGUGGUAGGCCACGCAAAAUGACAGAACGGGGUUAGCACAUGCUGAAGCACACAGUACGCAGAAGUCGCCAACUGUCUGCAGAGUCAAUAGCUAAAGACCUCCAAACUUCCUGUGGCCUUCAGAGAGUUUCAUGGAAUAGGUUUCCAUGGCCGAGCAGCUGCAUCCAAGCCAUAUACCACCAAGUGCAAUGCAAAGCGUCAGAUGCAAUGGUGUAAAGCACACCGCCACUGGACUCUAG